UUUUCUUUAAACAAUAUAAUGUUUUCGAUGUUUUAUAUGUGAACAACGCUUUUCAUUUUGUAAAAACAUUCAUAGAUGCAUCCCUGCCAUACAAAGAACAACAACAAAGUACAAGCUGGCAGUGUCAGUCGAUCGUCGACAUUCAAUCGAGAAAAGUGCAGUAUUGAAAAUAAAUCAACACAUUUCAUUAAGCAGACUAGUAAAAUUAACAUAAAUCUUUCCAUUGUUCAAUUAAAUUAAAGUUCGAUACAAAGUAAGGGUAAAAAAUUUGUUGAAACCAUGAAUAGCAAUGUAAUAAAAGUGCUUCCAAGACCUGUGUGAAGUAGGAGAAGUGAAGAAGGUGAAGUGCCACUCCUUUGUGUAAAAGACGAAUAUGCCUGUAAUGGAGACAAAGUGUUUGGAGCAGAAGUGAAGGAAAACACGAUAAUUAAAUUUAAAUGCAAAGGACGGUAUGACGACCAAGCAAUAAAGUUUGUGUAAGAAAGAUGUAAAAUAAUUGUGUAGAAUGCAGAGUAAAGUUAAUUAAAUGCUUGUGAGAAAUAACCCGAUAAAGAAAUAUGUAUUCCUUAUACAUAGAAAUUCUUCCGGAUAAAAAAAACAAGUUUUAUUAUAACUAAAACGUAAUUGGUGAUUAAUUAUACGCAACGAGGAUUGAACACCGAACGGAAUGUGCAUUGAUAAGGAAUAUUUGAAAAUUAUACAAUUGAAAAUAUUAUAAAGGAUAUUGAUUCAAAGUGCGUCAAUAAAACUCUUAAAAAAGAAACUAAUUUACAUGACUAGUGCAGUGCGGUAGAAUAUAUUCAAGCCUUUAUAAAGAGCGAUCGCUAGUGUGCUUAGCAUUGAAAAGCUUUGCAUGAGUCACAGAUUUUAGUGAGCAAUAGCACAACUAAGCCGCUAAAGUAACGAAAUUAAGGGUAGCAACAAUUCUGGAGAUAAUUAGGUGUGUUAUUUAUAUCAAGGAUUGUGAUUACAUACAGCCAAUAUGACGAGCUUUACAAGUUUAAAAGGUUGGUUCGGACGUAAAAAGGAACCAAUCUCAGAGAUAGGUAAUCCAACCAAUUUUCAGCGGCAUUACCAUGUAUCGCGAAACGAAGAAACGGGUCAUCUUGAGGGCCUGCCUGCGUCGUGGACUAGACUUAUGAAUGCACAGAUUACCCGCGAUGAACAAGAUAAGAAUCCUGAUGCUGCUUACCACGCGGUUAAAUAUUAUAAUUAUUCCAUAAAGAAAAAAGAUAAUGAUGUUUUUAAGCCCUUUAUAACAGAAGAGGCCAUUCACGAGGAAUCGAAAGAAAUUGAUAACUAUGUUAAUUACAAAAAUAAACAUAAAUCACACGAUCCAGAUAAGUCAGAUGAUGAUGAACUAUAUGGUGGUGGAAGCUCGACAGGUGAGAGUGGAGCCUCGUCCAGUGGCAAUAGCAAUAGUAGCAGUUUCAAUGAUAAUCAGCAAGCCAUCCGUAUGACCGGUUUGAAUCAAGUGAUAAAAGAAUUAGAGUCUAAUUUACUAGCACAGCGGGAAACCUUGAAACCAAUAUCAUCUUUUACCGGUGACGAACGCCCACCAUUACCUGCCAAAAAAUUGCAAACUUUACCGCCUAAACCAGUCUUGAAACCAAAGCCACGAGCUGUAACGCAACAGCUUUCGCGGGGAGUCUCAGAUUUAACAACGAUCAAUUCAACUGAAGAACCCUUGCAUAAAAUCAACACUAAUACUAUAAUUCUUAACCCCGCAGCCCCAGCAGAUGCUGAUACGGAUCCGGCUGACGAAUCUAUUCUUCGACGUUCAAAGGAUAAACGUGCACAAAAGACAGACGCUGAAGUUUAUGAGGAACUUCGGGCUAUUUGCAAUAUGGAUGAUCCACGUGAGCGUUAUCACACCACACAAGAAGUGGGUAAAGGAGCUUCCGGAAUAGUAUUUAUCGCAGCCGAUUUGAAAAGCGAAGCGCAGGUUGCAGUUAAAACUAUUGAUUUAAAAAAUCAGUCUUCAAAGGAUCUUAUACUCACUGAGAUAAGAGUAUUGAAGGACUUUAAUCAUAAAAAUUUGGUUAAUUUCCUAGAUGCAUAUUUGCUCGAACCAGAAGAUCAAUUAUGGGUAAUAAUGGAAUAUAUGGAUGGCGGUCCGCUUACCGACGUUGUUACUGAGACUGUUAUGAAAGAGCGACAGAUUGCUUGUGUUUGCCGUGAAGUUCUUUAUGCAAUAAGCUUUCUACAUUCCAAAGGUAUCAUUCAUCGCGAUAUUAAAUCGGAUAAUGUAUUGCUGGGAAUGGAUGGUUCAGUAAAGGUAACAGACUUCGGAUUCUGCGCGAAUAUCGAAGGUGACGAAAAACGUCAAACCAUGGUUGGUACACCGUACUGGAUGGCACCUGAAGUAGUCACACGUAAGAAGUACGGAAAGAAGGUAGAUAUCUGGUCAAUUGGUAUUAUGGCAAUAGAAAUGAUCGAAGGCCAACCACCAUAUCUCUAUGAGACACCACUACGUGCGCUUUAUCUUAUUGCCGCAAAUGGCAGACCCGAUAUUAAAAGCUGGGAUAAAUUAAGUCCUAGUCUACAAGAUUUUCUAGAUUGUUGUCUACAAGUUGAGGUCGACAAACGUGCGACAGCGGAUGAAUUGUUACGGCAUCCAUUCCUGGACGAUUGCAGCGAAGUUAAAGCACUGGUGCCUAAUAUAAAAGCAGCCAAGAAGGUGUUACGUAGAAUGGUGUAAAGUUUCAAAAUAACAUGAAAGGGAAGGAAAGAUAAAAGCAUAAAAAUUGACUACAUCAAUCAAUGGAGUAUAUAAAGUCGUGCAAUUGCAAUAUUGAAUUAGUGCAGUUGUAUUAAUGAGCUGUGCGAGAACGAUAGGUAUUUCAGUUACCUAUUUAUAUACUAUAUAAUUAUAGAUAUGAAUAAGAGAAGGGAUCAACCGUAUGGAUAAGAGAAAAAAUUGAGUACUAGAAUGAGGUUUAUUAGCUGCCACAUAGUCUUACGCUAAGUCAAUAUUUACGACGGAGGGGUGAUGUGGAGUACUAAAUUGAAAAAAUUACGUAUAAGAAUGCCGUUUUUGUUGUUGACUGAAAAACGUUGUCGAAAACAAGGAAUAUAUAUUUUAAAUUCUUACAUUAAACGAAAAGAUGCGAGAAGAUCGCGGGUCGAGCAGUAUUGCAAUAAGAAAUUGAUGGAUGGCCAAUUUUGAUUGAAUCACCGGCAACAACAGCAUGUGAGAUGCAUCCAAAAUAUUCUGAAACUAACUAUAACAAUUGAAGCACUAGCAACAACAUCAUCAACAACAACUCACUACAACUACUACUAUUACUAACUUAAUAUACAUACAUAUAAGCAAAAUAAGAAAUAUCAGCAAAGUCUGACUUCCAUAUUUGUAAUAAAAUCAAAUUACAACAACUUACACAUCAAUUAAUAGUAGUAAAACAUAACGUACAUUUAUUGUAAUUAUCAAAACAAAAAUAAAAAAUUAAAUAAACGAAAGCGAUCAUAGUAUGGACAUACAUAUGUAUGUAUGUACGUAUUAUUAUCAAGCAUAUAAACAUACUAUUGAGAGUAAUCACUACGAACCAAACUAUUGAGUGACUUUUCUUUUAACGAGAAAAGUAUAGUCUAGCAUAGGUACUAGCAGUCUCCACACUCUUUCGGCUUAUUAACUCAAUUUGUAUGUAUGAUUUUUAGAAAAAGUCUUGAGCCAAAAAAAAAAAAAUAA